AUUUCAUUUAACGCCUGAUUUCUUUAAGUCCAACUACAAACAUGUUUAUUUUUUCUUUGACGCUUAAAAAUAUGUAUAACAACAGUGCCGAUCUUGCGUUUAGCUCAAACAGUUUUGUGUUGGAAUACAUUAAUUAAUAUUUAUAAAAUUGUGAGAUAAAUUGUGUUUUUUAGAAGAGCCUGUUGUACAUACAAACAUAGAAAUGUUUGUUACGAGAUCGUUAGUAUUUCCUGCUUGUUUCGUUGCAGUCUUCGUGUUUUGGAUAACCGGUUCAGGAGGAGUUUUCAUUUCAAAUUUGUCGGAGAGCUGCUUCAGAUGCCUCUGCUACGUAUCCACAAAAUGUAAUCUUGCACACGACUGUACUGGAGGAUACUGUGGACCAUUUAAUAUAUCCAAGGUGUAUUGGGUGGAUGCAGGAAAGGUUGUGCACUCCGAAGAUACCCCGGAGAGGAGCCAUGCCUGGGAAGACUGCGCAAGAAACUAUCAUUGCUCAAAGAAAAUAAUCGAAGGCUAUUUAGAACGGUUUGGAAAGGACUGCAACGGUGAUGGCGUGACGGACUGCUUCGACUACAUGAUGGUGAACGGUAACGGUGGGUACGGUUGCACCAAGCCCCUUAACCGCUCAGUCAACGGACGACGGUGGCUUCUGCGCUACGAAGAGUGCACUUUAUAAUUAACCAAGUGAUAAUCAAGUGAUUUGCAAGUAAAAAAAUUUAAAUCAAUAA